AUGGAAGUUAAAGAAACGUUUCUACGAAUACUCCAACUAGCAUUAUGUGGAUUUGGAAUGAUAAAUUCUUUUUAUGUUAUUACUGAACUUAUGUACUUUUUAUCGGUACCUAAGAAACCAGAGCCCUUUAAGGAAGAUCAACAGUUAAUUAUUUCAUGGGCUCUUUUAAUAAACAUGGCUCUACUAUCUUUAUUUAUUGUACAACAUUCGCUACUGGCAUCAAGUAAAGUUAAAGAAGCAUUUCAAGCCAAUGGAUUUCAAGUCAUUUAUCGCAGUGUAUAUAUCAUAGCUACAUCUGGAAUUUUAUUAUACAUAUUGAAACAUUGGAAAACUACAUCCAGUGCUGUUUUGUGGGGUUUUAAUUUAAAUUACAAGCCUAUAUGGUGGCUGUAUAUUUCAAUCCAUGCUGUGGCUUGGAUUAUAAUUUAUGUUGGAAAUAUUUGUUGUGAUGUUACUGAACUUUUGGGCUUUAAACAGGUUUAUUAUAAUAUGGUGAAUUUGCCCGAUCCAAAUUUGAGAAAAUCUCAACAGUUGCAGAGACUUAAUAAUCAUAUGAGGCAUCCCAGUUUUUUAGCUUUUGCUCUAAUUUUUUGGUUAACUCCCAUAAUGAGUUUGGACAGAAUCUUACUAGCAACCAUAUUGACAGCCUACAUGUACAUUGCAUGGAAUACAGAUGGGAGUGACUAUCAUUAUCAAAAAUAUCAACUGGAACGAAAACAUUUUAGAUUGGAUCAUUUUUAA